AUGGCUGGCCUCCCACUUGGUUGGGAGUGGGACUACGACGGCCAGCGCUGGUUCUACACUUACAAGCCCACGGGCCACAUCCAGUACCACUUCCCCAAAGAGGGCGAUGAGUUCCCCGACUUCGUCGACGCGGGCGCUCCGGCCCCGUCCCUCGCGCCAGAGGAGCUCCUGGCGUCGCAGCAGCAGGUGAAGCGGCAGACGAGCUCCGGCAGCGGCACCGGCGGCCGAUCCAAAGCCCGCGUCUCGGCGACGGCCACCCGCCCCGUCAGCAGCGUGUGGGAGGAGGCAUCGGGCGAGGAUGCGAUAUUCCAGCCGGAGAGCCUGAUGUACCUGGGCCCGGGGGCGUACAGCGAUGUGAGUCCAUUGGCCGAGGAGGAGGACGAGGCGGCGAGGAGGGUCAUCACCGGGGCGCUGGCGGAGGCGGACGGGACACCGACGUCGGCCUCCAAGGGGCCCAGUCCGAUUGCAAGCCAGGGAGCGACGCCAGCGACCAAGAAGAGCGACGUGGAACCUCCAAAGACGGACAGUGCGGUUCAUAUUGUCGAUGCGGGGCCGGUGAUCGAGGUGCAGUCCGGGACAGAGGCGGAGCUGGCCGUGCCCAUGCUUGAUAGUCGGGAGAUGCCCCACGAGCUCCCCGUCGAGGUUUUCAACCCCGUGGGUGUGAUUGCCGAGAUGGCGACCGAGACCCAAAGGGCACAAAUCGAGACGAACCCGCCGCCGGUCGAGAUUGCUGAUAACUCAAUACUCGCUCCGAUUGAGACGAUUUUGCCCCCGCAAAGAUAUUCGGAGCUGCCUGGGCAGACGAGCCCUGUCGAGAAUAAGAAGAAGCCUAAUGAGCCUGGUGGUAUAAGUAUUGAAAUACCCAAGUCUAAAGGAGCUGGGACACCACCCGUUCAGAUUCAGCAACAGCCUCCUCCUCCUCAACAACAGCAGCAGAAACAACAGGGACCCUCUCCACCACCCCCAUUAGAGUCACCACCGGUCGACAAACAACCGGAAGGCCCAAGUAGCAAGUACCAGGCAUUCUCGCCAGCGAAUGGCUCUACAGAGGCAACUGAGAAGAUGGAGAACACUAGGCGGUCAUCCAUGGCUCUGGACCCUCGGCGGAUAUCUGUACAGCGCGAGCCCUCGCUCCUAAUGGGACUCGGGGAAAACGGCAAUAAGAUGGAUCCGUCUUUGGUGCCUGCAGCUCUUUCUCUGAGCAAACCGACAGGCCCUUCACCAGAGAGAUCACCUCCAUUUCGACCCGUUCCUAGUGCCGUGGUCGAAUCGACAGAUGUGGUCAAGCCAAGCGAUAAUACCCCUGGGAUCUCAGCUGGACCAUCUGUGUUAAGGCCCGCAAGAAAUGGGGAUGGUCGGAAGCUGAGCGACAGCACGAACCCAACCUCACCCAUUGAUGAUGAGUUUGAGAGAACAAUGCAGCUAGCACUCGGCGACAAGCCCGGUGUGAGCAAGGUCCCAUCUGUUCUCAAGCCCGCUCGUGGCAGGGCACCUUCAGUGCCGGGCAAGGCGGCAUCCAAUUCCCAAGACGGAUCUCGCAACCAAUCUCCAGCCCAAACUACGCCGAGGAGGAGCUACGAACAAGACGAGGGCCCCAAGGAGAAGAAAUACUUGCCAUACACUGGGGUCAAUUCAGGAUAUCGGAUGAGUUAUGUUCCACCGCCUCCUGGUCCCCCUGGGCAACCGCCUCAACAGUUUGGAGCUUCACCUUCUCCCUUGGGCCUGCAACAACACCCACCGCAGAACCCAGGAGUAUUCCACCAGGGCCACGGUCCGGUCCAGCAGCAGCCUGGUUUUCCACAAGGUUCUAUCCCUCCCCAUAUGACGAACAUGCCUCGCCCAGCAUCGACACCGGUAGGCCCUAUACAACCGCCGGCGGGCGCACCUCCGACGCAGGCUCAGCAAUGGCCUAGUGACUAUCCCUAUGCCGCCCCUCCGCAAGGCCCGCCACGAACCGUAGCCUCGAAACGCUCUAUGAGCAUUGGGGCCGCCGAGGUUUCGCCUAUACAACAAUCGGAAAAGCAGUCGCCUCAAGUUCCCAUGCAGACGCCUUCACCAAUGGAGCAUAUGCGUCGAGUCUCCUCUGUCUCGCUUGCAGAUGGAGCUGCGAUAUUUACGCCAUCUCCGGAUACUGGGUCUUCAGCCGCGCAAAGCCAGCCAGGAACUCGACCCCCUUCAGGCCUGAGGAAUUUCUCCAGUCCUCCAGAGGAUAGGGCUUCUCAGUCUGGUCCUCCUCGCCCAGGCAAGGUGCCUAUCGUCCAGGGAUCCUAUUUCCCACCUCAGCCCACACCAAGAGAGAACUUCCAGCCUCAGCCGCCAUCUAAGAGGAUGUCGAUGCCCCCAAGCUACAGUAUCGACGAUAGCGGUUUAGACUGGACUCAUGGGGCCGGCAAGGCUCCUGUGCAGCCAUCGCCUCCUGUUCCCGCCAAGGUGCCAGAGAACCCAACCCAGGGUUUACACCGAUCGCACUCUGUUGGCUCGUCUUCCGCAUCUAAUGUACAACCGCCACGACGGCUUGAGCCUGGGAGGAUGGGGCCUGUGCAACAACAUGGUGCUGGGUUUAUCUUGUCAAUGAUUGAAGAACACCACGAACCACCACCCUCCCGACAUGGCCCGCCAGGGCAUCCAAACACUCUGCAGCAGCGACAUGAAGCCUUUGGGCCUGCUCCGGUCUAUGCUCCGGGACCCGGCCAACCGCCUCCACCGAAUGGCCCCCCGGCUGGACUGCCUCCCUACCCUCUGUCACCGCCGCAGCAAUAUCAGCAACCAGUCCGUCAAGCUCCUUACCCAGUUGAUAACGUUCCCCCAGUCGUAGACAGAGUGGAUGUCCCGCCACACCCUUCAGCAACUCCCCCAGCACAACUGCCGCCUCCCAGGCAUAUGUCACCCUUGGGCCAAGGCCUUCCUAGUAGACAUGAGUCUUUGAGGCGGCAUGUCUCACCACAGGCUCAGAUGCAAGCUGCGCAGAAUCAGGCUCCGCUUCAAAGACACACUUCACUGCGGGAGUCGGGUUCUCAAACGAGUCAUGUAGUGGCGCCAGUCCAGCCUUUUUCGACUCAUCAGGGUCCAGUUCACGAUCAACCUCCCGUCACCCACUCCUCACCUCACGCUCCAGGCUUCCAACGGCAGGGAUCUCUUCGUGGGCCAAAACCACCAAGGCAAUCUCAACCUGCACCUCAUCAUCUUCCCCCAAGUGCGCCUCAUGGAAGGCCUCAGACGCCCCCAGAGUCACCACAAGCACAGGGCCAGAUGCCACAAGUGUCACCUCUGAACCUCGGAAACCCUCAACAAGGACCGAUGCCUCCCCAUGCGCAGAAACAUCUGCAAGGGCAAGUGCCCCACGGCCAGGCGCCUCCUCAUUCGAGGAUGCCGCCUCAAGGGCAAAUGCUUCCGCCGCAAGGAUACCCCACGCAAGGCAAAACCCAACCUCAUGGUCAACUGCCCCCACAAGCGCUGAUUCCUCAAAAUCAGCAGCCCCUUCAUGGGCAGCCUCCCCAGGGACAGAUGCCUCCGCCGGGGCAUAUACCUCCUCACGGACAGAUGGCCCAGAUGCAUAUUGCUCCUCAAGGGCAUCCUGUCCAAGGCCAACCACCCUUUGGGGCGUCUACCUCGCCUCACGCCCAGUUUUAUUCCCCGGGACAAGUUCGCCCUCCGCAUGCUCGCACAGCAUCAAAACCGGAUGUUUUCAUGUCACCAGGCGGUCAGGCAUCAGGCUUUUCGCCCAAUCCUCAACAAGGAAGUUCUGGAUUUCAGCCAUCAAAGGGUCGGCCUGGCGCGAAUUCGCCACAGCCAGGGCAAGGUCCCUCCCCCAAGGAGAAAGAUAGAAAGUGGACAAAGUGGUUCAAGAGUUCAAAGUCGGGACCGCAAAUCAAACAUAUGCACAUCCAGCAUAUUCCAAACCCCCCAGGACCGCAAUCGCAGGGUUUGCAGAGUCCCCUGAACUUCGGGCCCAACCCUAACCAGUCUGCGCAGGCUUCGGGCUACCAACUAGGCAAUGUCCCCGUCAUCAAGCAAGAUUAUCUGCCCUCGCAGCCUACUACCGCUCCACUCCUAACACCAUCUGCUUCUCCAAGCACCAACACGAUGGCCUCCAAUAGAGCCUCGACAGACUCUCAGGGUCCGCAGAAGUCUCCCUCGCUGGGCCCUCAAGCUCACCAACACGGGAGACAAAGCCCUUCGUUUCAACUGCACCCCGGAACACCUCUGGGCUCUCACCCACCGAACGGUCCUGGGUACAGGAGCCCUGAGUUACGACCCAAGGAUAGCACCGGUUCACCAAAAUCAUCGAUCGCCAGCCUGCCAUCAUCGCAGCGAGCAGAGCCACCCCAGGCCGAAGCAACCACCCUACCUGCUCCUGUUGUGCCUGUUCCCACACCUUCGGUUCCUGCACAGGCUGCUCCAGCACCUGCUCCUCCCAGCGUGCCCGCUCCCAGUGUUCGUGCUCCGAUAGUAUCUACUCAAGGAGUGCCUGCUCCGAAAGCAUUCACUCCGAACAUACCUACUCAGAUACUGGCUGCUCCUACGGUAUACGCUCCAACGGCACCGGCUCCUUUAACACCACAGCCAUUGGCCCCUAUCCCUAAGCGGGAUGACGGGCCUCUUGCCCAAGCCCCGAAAAGUGCUCCUCUACCCGGAGCUCAGACAGCCUCUGGCGAAAAGAAGGACAAGUGGACAAAGACUCCAGCUGUAGAUUAUACGGGAGAUGACUGGGGAAGCGAGGAUGAGUGGAAUUAA